ACUUGUGUAGAAGUGUAGAGUUUAGGCUUUACAUCACAGGGGCAGCUGAAAAAAACGCACACACAGAAAGGUCAAAGCCCAAGCGCCGUCGCAAGAGGCCUCCGAGCAGCCUAACGCUUCCAUCAUGGGUGAAAACACCAUCACGAAGCCUCUCGGGCUAGUUUUUAUCAUCACAGCUCACAUGGUGUUCAACGACCCCAGCCAUGCACAAGUCAUCGGGAUCUUUGGCAGCAACAUCACCCUUCAAUUUACAUUUAAUGUUAGCAUUAAUGAAAACAGUCAAAUUGGAAUUUAUAUAACAGGCGAGAAAAAGAUUGACGAUUUUAAAAGUGGGAAAGGUUCCUUUGUUAUUUGCCCCCAAAACAAUUCUGUCUUUUACCACAUCAUAAAUCUCACUCUAAACCACACUAACACCUACUGGGCCAGUUUAUUUGGGGGCAACCUAAGAAAAAGUAAUGAAGUGAAGCUGACUGUUGAAGAAAGGAACAUAAGCUGUACAGCUCCACCGCCGUCGACUAAACCCACAGUUUUCAAUGAAAGUUCCAAUUCCCUUUCCAUCAAUAAGAUCAUCAUCAUCUUCGCGGUUUUACCUGUGGUCCUGUUAGCAACAGUACUCCCAUGGUUGAUCUGUAGUCUCGUGAGACCCAAAGACAAACAACAGCAACAACAAGAAAGGCCGCAAAGCGCCACUCCCACAGUGCAGGAAUCAGUGGCGUCGUUGAGCAGCGUGUCUGCACCCUCGGUGAUCUACAGCGUCUUGGACUUCCCCAAAAGACCUCCGACAAUUGUUGAGAUCAACCCAAGAGAUACAGAGUAUGCUGCCGUCAGCUAUCUCACAGAAAAGAGACACAUGUGAUGCACAGCUCACUGUUCAACUAGUGUACAUAACAUAAAUCUA